AUUUUUGCUAGCCUUUUCUCCGAUAUUUGAUUGGUCUUUUCUAAAGAUUCUCUGUAUUCUGAUUGGUUCUCGUAAAGUUCUAGGAAAUUCUCGACUUUUUCAGGACACAGAUCGAACAGAAAAAGAUAUUCUGUUUUAAAGACAAUUUAAGAGAUGAAUAGUCCCGGUCCAGAUAUGGAUGUGAUUAAGGAGGUGCCCGGCUACAAGGUCAUCCUGAAGGCCGUUCUCAGAGCACAGAUACAACAGCUGGUAGAGCAGCUGUGUAGCAACACCGAUGAGGAAGUGGUUGUGUUGACCGCGAGCAUUCAUGACGGGAGUCUUACCCAGAUGGGCUCUGCCUGCGGAAACAGCUUCAUCCAGAAGAACUACAACUUGAGGUCAAAAUUCCUCUCCUUCUGUCUACAGAGCAACCAUAACAAAACUGACAGAAGCUCUGCCAACAGGUCCAACCAAUCAGGAACAAGAAGAGCAAAUCGCUCAAAUAGAGGCACACCUCGACAUCAGCCCUAUACAUCAAAGCAAGGGAAGAAAGCAGAUGACCCUAACGUCCAAUCAAAACUUAUUAUGUCUGAGUGUCAAACACAAAACGUUGAUGGUUCAGAUAGAUCGACUCAAGAUGGAUGUUAUGAUAGAAAAACAGUUGAACGUGUGGAAACAAUGACUAAUGAAACUGUGCGCAGUUAUGAUAACUCGUGGUCAGGUGUUUACAGAAUUGGUGAUAAAAUGGUUGCUAUGAAAAAUAACGAAUAUAACAGUCCUAGUUUGACCAAGGAGAAAUGUACAAGUAUGUUUGAAACAAACGAUGUACAUGUGACUGAAGAAAACUAUGGGAAUGAUGAAGAUGUGGAACCUGAUAGUUACACAGCUGCAGAUACUAGUGUACAACAUGGACUAAAUGUUCCUGUAUCAAUUGACAGACUGGAUGGUACAGAUUACCUGACUGGGAAGAAAAGGCCCAACCCAGCGUGCAACAACGACCAGUCAUCUGACUCGUCUGGUAACGAUGAAUUCCAGAUCCUCAUGAAGAUGACCCCGGUAGCUGGGUCUAGCGUGCCAAGCUCCUUGGCAUGUGAUCUGUGCGAUAAACAUUUCACCUUUGCAAGCAACCUUUAUCGACACAAACGCUUGCACGAAAAACAGCGAGCCCAUCAAUGUCCGCACUGUGAGUAUCGCAGCUCAAGGAGUGACCAUAUUCGAUUGCACGUGUACACCAUGCAUAGGGACAAAGAAGGGGCCGACAGUACAUCUACUGGCCAGCCGGAUAACCUGACUGGACAGGAAGAUAAUCCAACUGCAGAAGAAGAUAACCAGCCCGAACAGGAAGGUCAAGUGGUGUAGAAACCAUAAUGAUCUGCAUAUGUUCAACGUGCAUAAGGAAAAAGAGUGGCAGACAUUAUGUCAAUUGGUUAAUAAAGUUUCAGGAAGUAAAGUUUUUGAGUAACACAAUGUUAAGUAUUAAAUUAAUGUUGCAUCACAAUAUGUUUUGGCAUAUGAUUUCAGUGAGUUAUUGACACAUUUCUUUAUAGAUAUAUAAUCAUAAUGUACAUGUAGUACACUUGAUAUUGAAUACAACGGUGAUUAUUUUAGGUAACAUAGGUCAGGUCUUUCAAUGAAAUAAAGUCAGGGUACUGACAUAGCCUUGGUGUUGUUAGAGUUGGCAGUGUUAUGCAAUACUUUAACCUUUCAAGAUAUUGAAAUGAAACCCGUACAAAUGUACACUCUAGUUUUAAUAACUGUUCAAUGAUAUUAAAGAGUUAUGCCCCUUUUUUGACAGCAAAAUACGAGAGGAGCAUUGGUGUUAGCAACACGGAGCUCUUGUUUAAAUAACUGAGGCAUUUGUCUUUGGGACUUAAAUCUGUUAUGCAACAACUUGAAGUUUUUGACAAAAGAAAACAAGCAUUCUAAAUGUACAGAUGGACCGUUAUGAAUUUUUUUUAUUUGGACUGUAAUGAAAUAUUUUUAUUUUUUUGUCUUGGAAUGAGCCAGUUUUUGUGUUAAUGUCUAGAAACUUUGGAUAGAAGACUGCUGACAAAAUAUCAGAUCGCAGUUUUUCAUAUUUACCUUCAAAAAUUGAUGUUUUAUGGUUAAAGCAUUACUAGCGCUUUAAGAAAAAUGAGUUUAUAGGUAGUUUUCCAAGCAAUUGAAAUCAGCUCUUAGUGGGGUAUCUUAUAUGACUGAUUUGAAGGCAAAAAUCAACUGAUUCUGAGACAAAAAAUAAAAUAAAAUCAACUGGCAAUCUGUGAGAGUGCAGCUUUAAAUCAAACAUGCAAGGGGAUUGGGCCACAAAUUCGAAAUAAAGAGUAAAGCACAUCCUUACAAAGUACUUUAUUAUCCUUAUUCUUUUAGAUGUGCAUUCAUUUUUUCUUGCUUGAUUAUACACAUCAUUUAUAAGGUAAAUACCGGGUAGGCUGUGAUAUAUUGAUAAACACAGCAGAGCUCUAAAAAUAUGCACACUAUUACUAUAUAAUGAGCAUUAUGAGCAGUUUUUUCAUUUUCAUAAAUUGUAGUUUGAAUUUUUUUAUAAUAAAUAAUUUGUUGAUUUUUUAAAACAUUCUUUCAAUAAAACUGUAUGCUAAUGUACCAUCACAUAUUGUUAUUUGUUCACAUAUAUAGUCCACAUAUUUGAUAUUUUAAUAUGAUUUAAAAUAUGAUAUUAUAAAAGGUUUUCUCAAAUAAACACUAAGUUUGUAAUACAUUUCCGAGGCAAUGGCCAGAAAUGAAAGACAGGUUUACCAAGGCAAGUUAAAGGUUUUUCUUAGGUAACAUGUGAACUAUUUAGUUGCUUUGAUUGUUAGUUGUCUGUGGUGUUGGUCCAUUAACCUAAUAUGAUAAAAAAAAUUAAUCAAAUAUGACAGAAAAAAAAAAUAUUUUCAAAUUAUGUUGUUUUUUUUUAAAAUACAUAUGCGUGACUAACAGGUCACUAAAGUAGGUCAUCAUUAACAUUUGGGAUUUUUUUUAUUUCAAGCGACCUUCGUUGGAGUGCCCAAAUUGAUUACAUUAAAACAAAAUGUUGGAAGAGAAUGAAUAUUAUGCGUAAAUUAAAAUAUGUGCUGGAUUGUACAUCUCUUGAAACUAUGUAUACCUCUUUCAUUUGACCUUAAAAAAGUAUUUUGGAAUAUGGCGAUAUCCUCUUUGACAAUUGUACACAACAAAAAAAGAAGAGUUUGAGAAAAUCCAACAAGAAGCCGCAAGAAUCACUACUGGUGCAACAAAACUUAUAUCUAUAGCAAAAUUAAUGAAGGAAGUAAGAUGGGAAACUCUAGAACAGCUACGUAACAAGUACAAACUAAUGAUCUUCUUCAAAAUGAAAAAUCAUCUCACACCAGAGUAUCUCUGUGACCUAGUCCCUCAAACUGUCGGCAUCUCUUAUAACUAAUGGUCGCGCAACGCAGAUCAUUAUCAGGAAAUUCCAGCCUGAACAUCCUACCAUUAUAAUUCAUUUCUACCGUCUGUAAUCCGAAGCUUUAAUGCCCUUCCGAUCAGUUUUCAAAGUGCAGCCUCUAUUUCAUCAUUCAAAAAUAUGUUAAAUAGCAACAUCCCGAAAGUACCUUCCAGCUUACUUUAUCACGGCAAUAGAUCACUUCAAGAAAUGCAUAUGCCCCUUUGUACUAACUGCAGUGCUUUAGCUGCUUAUCUCUUUCCAAAAAACAUUGUUGAAAAUUCAGACUGUAUCAGCUGUGGCGUUGUAGAAAACUGUCGCCACUAUUUCCUCAUUUGUACAUGUUUUUCCAUUAUACGGAUGCAGCUACUGGCUGGAAUUUCGAAGUUCUGCACCCCAUCUUUAUUUACUAUCUUGUUUGGAAAUGUAUCACUUCGUCCUGAAUCCAAUAAGUCUAUAUAUAUAUUCAAUUCUGUUCACACAUUUAUAACGAAAACAAAAAGGUUCUAGCCGCCCAAUCCUCCUACUCUCAUGCUCUCUUUUGCUUUCCAACCUCUCACUCUAUUCUCAUACACUAUACUUCAUGCAGUUAUCCAUUCUUUUACAUAAGAAAGAUCAUCAAAAGAUUUCCUUUUUAUACUUCUAAUGUAACGGUCCGCUGUAGGCGGCGGAUGUGCGAUCAUAGUAUAACAUUCCGUUACAGAUGAAAGUACUUUCAUAAUAGGUAUGUUUACUUGGUUGGUAAUAUGCAAAUAAGCAAACCCCGGGCUCAGUGGGGAUUGAGAAUUUACUGUAUAUAAAGACCAGUGGACCCUCCAGGGUCAAGCAUGUUUUCUCUGAAGGGAUCUGUUGCGUCUUUGACGUUGCACUUUAAUUGUGUUUCCUCUAAAACAUUAUAUUCUAUGAUUUAACUUAUUUUAGUUUUACAUGUACGUAACCACAUAUAAAAACUGACAUGUGUUAAAUUGUAUUAUCCAAAAAGCCAUGAUAUGCUCACAUUUUGCAAUUCAUCAACGGUAUGAAAGAGCUCUCAGAAGUUGUUUAUCUUCUUCCAGCCCAAUCCUUAUAGUUAUUACUUUGUAUACUAUUGCAUAUGUUUGUUCUUAGAAAAUAAAAUAUGUUUAGUUAAACCAAAAUGUAUAUUUUUAGCUUGACUUUACGACAAAUAUGGUGGGCGACACUACUAGCCCCAGUGUCGGCAUCCAAAUAAAAUUUAGGGCAAGUUGGCAUUUCCAAUUAUAACUACAAUACCUUUUUUUUCAAUUCACCUCAUACCUCACACAGUUGUUGAGGACCAACUCAUAAUAAGGUUGCAUCACUCCGUAUCAUCCUAAAUACAAAUUAUGGCCCCUGAAUGACUAGGGACUUUGGUUUAAGUUUUAGGGCACAUUGUGUCCAGUUAAAAGUUUUAGGGCAAGUUGGGAGUCUCACUAAUAACUCCUUUACCAUUCAUUCAAUUGUUAAUAUAAGUUAUGUCCCUUGAUCAACUUAACGUCAAGUUUGGUUUAAGUUGCACUCUCAAAGAUUUACCAUUUUUACAACUUUUUUAUUUUUUGUCUUGGAAAGAGCAAAUUUUUGCAUAAAUAUCUGCAAACUAAUGAUAUAAUAUUGCUGACAAAAGAUCAAAUCACAGAUUUUCAUAUUUCUGUUUAAAAAAUAAUGUUAAAUCGUUACUUACGGUUUAAGAAAUAGGCAUAAAACAUCAAUUUUUGAACUUGUUUAUGAAAAUCUGCAUUCUAAUUUUUUGUCAGUAGUCUUAAAUAACUGCCUUCCAUGAAUUUUCGCAAAAAUUGGCUCACACCAAGACAAAAAAUAAAAAAAAGUGGUCAAAAUGUUCAAUCGGUGAGAGUGCAGCUUUAAAGGUUAGGAUUUUCACAAAUUACUACAUCGUACAAUUAAUUUACAUAACUCGAGACACUUGACAUAGGUCAAUCAAGAACACUAUCGUUGGGCAGAGCGCCGUAGCAAGCAUGGUGCUAGAUGAUGGGAAAGGAUUAUGG